AUGGAGAAUUGCGCCACCAAUAGCAGUCUCAAAUAUCAGCCUCUUCUCAUCCAGCAAAUAGUCUUGGAAGCAUCCACCUGCGUCAUCACAUUUUGCUUGAUGUUGUCUUUCCUCAUCGCUGCCUGUCAGAAUAGAUUAUGGAUGAAAAUAAGGCUCGCUACUCUCUUACUCGAGCACAUCACAAAUCCCUUCGCACAUCUCUUCGUCAACGUCGUCGUCCUCGUCCUCGUCUUGCCCUUCCGGAACGACCUCUACUUCCUCUGGGUGAUGCUCCUCAUAAUCGGCUCCGAGUCCACCAGUUGCAUCUCCGGCUAUAGCCUCUCUAACCCCCAAACCGCAAAGAAGAUGUACUUCUUGCUCUUCGUCGACAACCUCUGCGUCGGUCUCUUGAUCUGGUGGUACUCCAAAGGGUCCAAGUUCCGCGUUCACCUCUGGGCUCUUUGGAUCUUAAUCACUUUAAAGACAGCAGAGCGGUGCUUGAGCUUCUUCUCCGCCAGGCGAGCCUAUGGGACGAACAAGAUCGACCUCGUCUCCGACUACAUGCAGUACGAGCAUACGCUGAGCUCGCCAGAGGAGGUGGAUCCAGCCACUCUGCAAGGGUACAAGUACCUCGUACACGGAGAAAAAGGGGCCAAGUUCAACAUUAGUGGCGAUUAUCAGGUACGCAUCGACUUAGAGAAUCAAAGACUCGUGACCAUCGACAAGAUCUGGCGAUGCAAGACCGGCUUGCUCAGCCCGGGAAUUGACAUCCUCAAGGACUUGUGUCUCUCCUUCGCCUUGUUCAAGCUGCUACGGCGAAGUUUUGCUCAUUGCCCCGCGGCCGAGUCUGAGCAACCCAAGACUCGUGACUUGGUGUUUGAAGGGAUCUUAGCAAAGGGCGACGGGAUCAGAGCCUUCGAGGUGGUGAAGGCUGAGCUAGGGUUCCUUAGAGACCUCCACCACACCAAGUACCCCAUCAUCUUCGGCUGUGGAUUCCCGACUGUUAACUUCAUCAUAUGCCUCGCCGUUCUUGCAGUCAUGGGGUGGCUCAGCAAGGUAGUUUACCACGACUACCACCGUCCCCCGGCAGGUGAGUUGAUGCAUUACGUGAGGAAUCACAACGUCGAUCUCGACAUCACCUACAUUGUCGUGGGCAUGAUCCUAGCCAUGGAGGUCACUGAAUUCCUCACUUAUUUAUUCUCCGACUGGGCUAAGGUGAUGCUGGUAUGCGGCCAUGUCCAAGGUUCUUCUUGGCUUCUCAAACAUUAUUCUCUAUCCAAAAUGCUCAGCAGCAGCAUCCUGGGAAGGAGGCCGGGGCGAGGGAAGGAUCAGAAUAGGCGUGUCAAAGUGCCACCUGAAGUGAAGAUGGCGAUUGCUACUUCCCUCCGUCAAAGUCAAGGGAACCUGUCUAAUGGUGGAUCAUCUCUGCAGAGGAAUGGGGUUACAGAAUAUUUGGGCUGGGCAUGCAACUAUCCUACUCUCGCCCACACCAUAAUGGUUUGGCAUAUCGCUACGCACUACUGUGAGAUGGAAUACGAUCUAUCACAGAAGAGUGUCAGUGCUCCAACAAAUGAGAUGGUGCAACGCAACAAACUGACUGCAAAUGCAUUGUCUCAGUAUUGUGCUUACUUGUUGGUUUUUGUCCCAGAUCUGUUGCCAAUUAGUGCUAGGCAUGAUACAAAGCUUGUGCUCGAUAAGAUGGUGCAUGAGACUAGGACGUUUAUGGAAGGAGCCAAAACAGAGAGGGACAAGUAUGUCAAAAUGAACCAGGUGGGUAAUAAUGAAGAAACUGUCAUUGCGUUUGGGUCGAGAUUGGGAAGGCAGCUUGGAUCGAUAAGUUUAUAUGAAAGAUGGAAGGUGCUAGCAGAUUUGUGGGCAGAAUUGUUGGUGUAUCUUGCUCCAACUGAUAACCCCGAUGCACACUUGAAGAAACUUGCUGAUGGAGGAGAGUUUAUCACGCAGGUGUGGAUUCUUCUCUACCAUGCAGGCAUUCUUAAGCAGCCAUCAGCUACUACCAAUAUUGAUGUGUGAGCAUGUGUAUGUACCAGUUGGAUUAAUGUUUGUUUUCAAUUAAGAAAAUUAAGAUGUAGUGGUAAUUGUAUUGCA